AUGGCUGAAUAUGGAGCUACUCUUGAAGAGCUCAGAGCUCUUAUGGAGUAUAGAUCUACUGAAGCAAAAGAAAAGAUUGAUAAUGAUUAUAAUGGCAUGGAUGGGCUCUGUGAACGACUGAAAACUGACCCAAACAAUGGAGUGCCUAACACCCAAACUGAGUUAGAACGACGGAGAGCAGUUUUUGGUGCGAACGAAAUUCCCCCUCACCCUCCCAAGUGCUUCUUGCAAUUGGUUUGGGAAGCCUUACAGGAUGUUACGCUCGUUAUUCUGCUCGUAUCAGCUAUUGUUUCUCUCGCCUUGUCCUUUUACCGUCCACCAGAUGAUGGAACAACAGCCGUAGACGACAGUGAACAUGAGGCCGGAUGGAUCGAAGGAGUGGCUAUUUUAAUAUCAGUUAUUGUUGUUGUUUUAGUCACAGCUUUGAAUGAUUAUACCAAAGAAAGGCAGUUCAGAGGUCUUCAAGCCAAGAUCGAAACUGAACACAAGUUUUCCGUUAUUCGUGGAGGCCAAUCUAUUCAGGUUGUUGUCAACGAACUAGUAGUUGGAGAUGUUGCUCAAAUCAAAUAUGGUGAUUUAUUACCUGCUGAUGGUGUUCUCAUUCAAUCUAACGACUUGAAAAUCGAUGAAUCCUCUUUAACCGGAGAAUCUGACCAAAUCCGUAAGAGUCCUGAACAUGAUCCAAUUAUUCUUUCGGGAACUCACGUUAUGGAAGGAUCUGGAAAGAUGCUUGUGACAGCUGUAGGAGUAAAUUCACAAACUGGUAUCAUCAUGACCCUUCUUGGAGCUGCGAAGAGUGUAGCUGAGGAAGAGAGAAAAGCUGCUAAGAGAGAAGGCGAUGCUGUUCAACAAAUCGAAGACGGAACUGGACAAGCUCUAUUGGAUGCCAAAGCUGAUGGGGAACUUGCUAAUGGCAAAGUACCUGUUGAAGAAAAUGGAAAGAAGGAAAGAUCUGUUCUUCAAGCUAAACUGACAAGACUAGCUAUCCAAAUCGGUUAUGCUGGUUCUUUCGUAGCAGGAUGCACAGUUUUGAUCCUUGUUAUUCGAUUCUGUAUUUCCACAUACGCCAUUGCUGAACAACCUUUCUCUUUAGCCGACUUCCAGAACUUCAUUAACUUCCUUAUCAUCGGAGUUACUGUAUUAGUAGUAGCUGUACCUGAAGGAUUACCACUCGCCGUUACUCUCUCCUUGGCUUACUCUGUCAAGAAAAUGAUGUUGGAUAACAACUUAGUUAGACACUUGGAUGCCUGUGAAACUAUGGGUAAUGCCACUGCCAUCUGCUCUGAUAAGACUGGAACCUUGACCACCAACAGAAUGACUGUAGUUCAAUCAUUCCUUAAUGACACUCAUUACAAAGUUACUCCUAAGCAAGAAGAACUCGACCAAAACACUUUGGACCUUUUGAUUAACUGCAUUUCCAUCAACAGCAGUUAUUCAUCCCAAGUAAUACCUGCCAAGCUGGUUGGAGAACAAGCAACUCAACUCGGAAACAAGACUGAGUGUGGUCUUCUUGGAUUUGUUCUUGCUCUUGGCCACAGCUACCAAGAAGUCCGUGACAAAUACCCCGAAAAGAAUAUUCCAAAAGUUUACACCUUCAACUCUGUUCGUAAGAGUAUGUCUACCGUGAUCCAUCGUCCUGAAGGAGGUUACCGUGUAUUCAGUAAGGGAGCUUCUGAAAUUAUUACCAAAAGAUGCAAAUAUUUCCUUGGAAAGGAUGGCAAGCUCCAAUCUUUCACCGCUUCUGAUGCUGAUAAACUCGUCAAGAGAGUCAUCGAGCCAAUGGCUUCAGAUGGUCUCCGUACUAUCUGCCUCGCUUACAAGGAUUACGUACCAGCCGGACAAAAGACCGAUGAAAAUCAGAUUUCCUAUAGCUCCGAACCUGAUUGGGAGAAUGAAGAGUUGAUUGUUGGGGAUAUGACUGCUAUCACUAUUGUUGGAAUUCAAGACCCUGUCAGACCAGAGGUACCAGCUGCCAUCACUCAAUGCCAAGAAGCUGGAAUCACUGUACGUAUGGUUACUGGAGAUAACAUCAACACUGCUCGUUCGAUCGCUACUGCCUGUGGAAUCCUUAGACCUGGAGAAGAUUUCAUCGCUCUUGAAGGAAAAGAAUUCAACGCAAGAAUCCGUGAUGAGAACGGAGAAGUCUCACAAGAGAAAUUGGAUCAAAUUUGGCCCAAACUUCGUGUGCUUGCUCGUGCUCAACCUUCCGAUAAAUACGUUUUAGUCAAGGGUAUCAUUGAUUCUCGUGUUACUGACUCUCGAGAGGUAGUAGCCGUAACCGGAGACGGAACUAACGACGGUCCUGCUCUUAAAAAAGCUGAUGUCGGUUUCGCUAUGGGUAUUGCUGGUACUGAUGUCGCCAAGGAGGCUUCCGAUAUUAUUCUAACUGAUGACAACUUCACCUCUAUUGUUAAGGCCGUUAUGUGGGGACGUAAUGUUUACGAUUCCAUCGCUAAGUUCCUUCAAUUCCAAUUGACUGUCAACGUUGUUGCCGUUAUUGUAGCUUUUGUCGGAGCUUGUGCUAUUCAAGACACCCCACUCAAGGCCGUGCAAAUGUUAUGGGUCAAUUUGAUUAUGGACACUCUAGCUUCCCUUGCUCUUGCUACUGAAUUACCUACCGCAGAGCUUCUUAAGAGAAAGCCUUAUGGACGUACCAGUCCUCUGAUUUCUCGCACAAUGAUGAAGAACAUCUUAGGACAUGCUUUAUACCAACUUCUCGUUCUGUUCAUUCUUAUCUUCUCUGGAGAUAGAAUUUUCAAUAUUCCAUCUGGUCGAGGUGCUGAUCUUCACUCACCUCCAUCUGUUCACUUCACUAUCGUAUUCAAUACUUUUGUUUUGAUGACAUUAUUUAACGAAAUUAAUGCUAGAAAGAUUCAUGGAGAGCGUAACGUUUUUGCUGGACUCUUCUCUAAUCCCAUUUUCUACGUCAUCUGGAUCUGCACUUUCAUCUCCCAGAUAGUUAUCAUUCAAUUUGGUGGGCGUUGGUUCAGCACUGCACCAUUAGAUACCACCCAGUGGCUUUGGUGCAUGGCUCUUGGUGUUGGAACCCUUCUCUGGGGACAGAUUGUCACUAGUAUUCCAACUGGAAGUCUUCCCGCGAAUCUGACUAUCGGUUCUGGUGAAGCUCCAACUAGCGAUCCACUCAUGCCAGAUUACGAAGAUCCUGAGACUCAUGAGAAGCGUUCCGGACAAAUCUUAUGGGUUCGAGGACUGACCCGUCUUCAGACACAGGUGAUUGGCGGAGAACGAUCUGAUCAUCUGAUUCCUGUGCCACUGAGCAGCGCGCCCACUGACCAGGCUAUUCGUGUUGUGAAAGCUUUCCAAGCAGGUCUUGAUAGACGAGAGCCCAGCUUAACUGGACAGUCUGCGGCUCGUCUCCGUGAAAUUAGUCGUCAACUACGACUUCAAGUAGAAGCUGAAGGACGAGCUCGCUCGUUAUCGCGUGGAAACAUCAAGGAUGGCAAGUAG